UUAUCACACCAACAGCAUGUUAUGGGCGGGGUCAUGUCCCGCUGGGCGGUGCCCUAGCGUUGGACUUGUGCAUGUUGACCACGCCCCUUCUGCAUUUCGGAGAAGAUGGCGUCGCAAGUACAGAGAGGAGUGCCUCUAAGUGCGCUCUGUCCCAAGUUCCUCCACACAAACUCCACCAGCCACACCUGGCCCUUCAGCGCGAUCGCUGAAUUAAUAGAUAAUGCCUAUGAUCCAGAUGUCAAUGCCAAGCAGUUCUGGAUUGAUAAGACCCAGUUCAAAGGCCAAGACUGCCUCAUCUUCAUGGACAAUGGAAAUGGGCUGGACUAUGAAAAGAUGCACAAGAUGCUCAGCUUCGGUUACAGUGACAAGACAGUCAUAAACGGCCAGCACCCGAUUGGUCUCUACGGUAACGGUUUCAAGUCGGGGUCCAUGCGUCUGGGACGAGACGCCAUCGUGUUCUCCAAGUCUCUAGAUGGAGACACCAUGCAUGUAGGCAUGCUCUCACAGAGCUACCUGGCACAGAUUAAAGCAGAGCAGAUCAUCGUACCCAUUGUCUCCUUCCAACGCGUUGCACACAACCAGUUCCGUGUGAAUGAGAAGCACAAGGCCAGUCUGCAGGACAUCCUGUAUUACUCUCUCUUUAAGACGGAGAACGAGCUGCUCACAGAGCUCAAAGCCAUCAACUCCACCUGCUCCAUGGGCUCUUCAGGAACACGCAUCAUCAUCUGGAGCCUGCGCAGGACAUUAACAGGACAGACAGAAUUUGAUUUCACAACAUCCAGUUACGACAUCAGAAUCCCGUUGGAUGUGUUGGAGAGCACCAGUGAGCAAUACAGGCGGUCGGAGCUGCUCACAAAACCAGAGAGUUACUACUCGCUACGUGCAUACUGCAGUAUUCUGUACCUGAAGCCGCGUAUGCAGAUCGUCAUUCGAGGGCAGAAAGUGAAGACUGAGCUCAUCUCCAAGAGCCUGGCAUACAUCGCUAAGGACUAUUACAAGCCCAACUUUGUGAACAGACGUAUUCCCAUCACGUUUGGGUACAACACCAAGAGCAAAGACCAAUACGGCAUCAUGAUGUACCACAAGAACCGCCUUAUAAAACCUUAUGAGCGAGUGGGCGUUCAACUCAAGGCCAACAUCCAAGGUCUCGGGGUCAUUGGGGUUAUCGAGUGUAACUUUUUGGAGCCCACCCACAACAAGCAAGAUUUUGACAAUACCGACAAAUACAGGAAAACCAUCAACAACUUAGGGGUUAAGCUGGAGGACUACUGGAAAGAGAUCCGCUUUAAAAGAGACAAAGAAGAUCCUAACAGCACCGUACCAGUGGAAGACACCAUGAAGCGCCCGGACCAGAACUGGGUGCAAUGUGACACCUGCCUGCGCUGGAGGAAGCUGCCAGAUGGGAUUGAUUGCAGACUGCUCCCAGAGAAGUGGUUCUGCCACAUGAAUCCCGACCCCCAAUUCAGGAGCUGCAUGGUAGAGGAAGAGCCUGAAGACUCCGAUGAUGACCAACCUUCAUACCAGAAAACCUACAAGCAACAUGAAAGGAACACCAAAAUGCAGCAGGAGUGGAAACGACAACAGUAUGAAGAUGAGCAGAAGAAGGCAGAGCGGAUGCGGAUCGCAGCGCUGGCUCGGCAGAACGAAGCUCUGAGGCGCCAACAGGAGGACCUGAAACUGCAGCUUAUAAAGACAUCGAGCUUCAGGACAGCUGUACAGAUGUCUCCAGCUUCUGCUCCCCCCACAGUCAGAGUUAAUGUGAAGGCACCACUGAGCACCAGGGCUACCACAGCAUCACCACUCAGUGCUAGGCCCAGAUCAUCUCCUCUCAGGAUCUCUCCCCUCACUCAAUCAGGGACCAGCCCUUCCUCCAACCACAUGCCCAUCAUCUCUAGCGUGUGCUCUCUUUCAACCCCUCCAGCCCCUUCAACACCUUCAAGAAUGAAGAGAACAUUGGCCAUGACCUCUGAAAGGGACACCAAAAGACCCAGGGUGAACGGUUUCCACCAAAACACCUCUAUGGGAUCCGCAUCAACGACAGCAGAGACGAAUGUGUCAUCCCCAUCAGUCAUCAUCCCGAUUGACGAUGACGAUGAUGAGAUCACGGAUGACGAUGACAUUGUUAUCUUGGAGACCAAUAGCACCCCUAUUCCAAAGAAGGCAACCUUUGACAUGGCCAAGGUAAAGUCAGAGAGUAGGGCUGUGGAAACACCUUCUGGCACUGGCAACGUUAGGACCAAUGGCAUAGGAACAAGCUCCGUGGAGACGGGAACCGCAGCGACCAACCUCUCCCCUCUACCACCUUCCUCAGAGCAGAUGAGCAUCACCACCCAGACAGACAUACGGGGCGAAGUGAAGGAUGAAGAGGAGGAGCGAAAGAAAAAGGAGGAAGUGGAAAAGGAGAAGGAGAGAAUAGAGAACUGGACAAAAGUGAAGAACAAAGAAGAGGACAACAAGAAGAAGGAGGAAAGAGAUAGGAAGAGAACAGAACCAGGCCCAUCCUCUGCAGGCCCAUCCUCUGCAGGCCCAUCCUCUGCAGGCCCCUCCACACCAGGCCCCUCCACACCAGGCCCCUCCACACCAGGCCCCUCCACACCUGGCCCCUCCACACCUGGCCCCUCCUCUGCAGGCCCGUCCUCUGCAGGCCCGUCCUCUGCAGGCCCGUCCUCUGCAGCCCCAUCCACACCAGGCCCAUCCACACCAGGCCCAUCCUCUGCUGGCCCAUCCUCUGCAGGCCCAUUCUCAGCUGGCCCAUCUGUCCCAGACCCAUCAGACCUUCCUCGGAUUGACUUCCGUAACCUGUCAGAGGCACAGGAGCAGCAAGAUCAGCUGCUGGAGCUCAUGCAGGCUGCAGCCCAUGAGAGGGACCAGUUCAAGGAACAGGUCCACAAGCUGACCUGCCAGCUCCAUGACCUGGAGGGCAGCAUGCAGGAGCAUUCCCGGGCCGCUGUGAAGAGAGAGCAAUGCCACCUGGCCUGUCAGACUGGAGCAGGGGAUGGAGAACGAGAGCAGGCAGAGGGGAGUAAGGUCAGUGACCAGCUGGCUGUACAGGUAGACACUCUGCUCCAGGACCUCAGCAAUGCCAACUGUGAACGUGACAUGCUACGCUCCCAGGUGGAGGCUAUGAAAGAGGAAAAGGGCAACCUCUUGUCCCAGUGUGAGACGCUGCAGCUGGACGUGGUGGAGCUGAGAAGGGAGAAACAAGAGUGGGAGAGAGAGAAAGAGGAGAGAGAGAAACAGGAGAGAGAAGCAGCUCAGGCUGCAGCUGCCCAGACAGAGAGGGGAGACGUAGCGGCCACUAGUGCUGCUAAUGGCUCGACCUCGGAGGCACCCCAGACGCUGAGGGAGCUUCGGAGGAGCAUUGGUCGUCUCCUUGUCACGUUUGUCCCAGCGCUGGACCUUGAACAAGUCAACUACGACUGUCCAGUCAUCGACGAGAUCCUCCAUCAGGUUCUUACUGAUGUGGAGACGUUGGGGCCUGCGUAAGGGCCUGGGGCGGGAUAUGGAUGGAGGGGUUGUCCUCCAUCUAACUCUGUGAGGAGAGGCAGACCUGGAGAUGGUCACAGAGACUUCCUGCCUCUCCUUUUACCUCUGCGUUUUUACACUUUUUAAAUGUAUUUUCUAUGGAUUUUUUACAAGUGAAAGAGGGAAUGAACUGAAAAGUAUUUAUUUGUAUUGCUGUACAAACACUUUUAUAUUGUUCCAUGACCAUGGUGGUACUUAAUGAUGCAACAAACAGUAAGCUAUUUUGCACUGAAACUUUGGGGUUACUGAGUUCAACCUCUCCUUCUCACAAACACUUACUACUCCAAUGUGGAUGGAGGCUCUAGAAUCAUGUCAGUGUUCCGGGAAGAUGUUUUUCUCUUCGAUUACAGGUGACCACAGUGAACUUUCCUGGAAUGAUGUCAUGAACAGAGGAGUUUUCACUUGAUGAGUUAAGGGACAUAGUCUCCACCAUGAUCUGCUCUGUGGCUUGGUAGAAGGACUCCCUUCUCUCCCAAAACAGCCAUAGCCAUCAGUUCUACAUCGUUCCUAGAUCAAGACAGAUUAAGUUCAGUAUUCAAUGUUGCAUUCACUCUUAUGUGCUCAUGUUCAUUUAUAUGCUAAGAAAUAAUGAAGACUUUUUCACCCAAA